UCUGAAUCGGCUUGCGCACCAUCUCUAUCGGCUUCUGCGACAAUCGAUUUCCUUUUUUAUCGGUUAUGUGCGAGGAUCUGUAUAUCGUUUAUUCUCCGUUGUUGCUCCAAUCGGUGUGUGUUUAUUUUUCGUGAUGUUUUUUGCUUGCAAAGUUUUUUUUUCGAAGACGAG